AUGUCCUUUACGGGUUGGAACUUUCCUGUUCCACAAACAUGGCGAAAUCCAAAUUUCGAUCCAUCUAGUUGGCGGCCGUAUGGAAACGUUCAUCAUCAAGGCCCGAUUCGAAUCGAUCGUCAUCAGCCGCCGCCAUCACAAAGAAAUUACAACAGUGGCUGGAAUAAUUAUAAUCCGGAUCCUUAUUUUUCGAAUUCAAAUCAUUCCCAGGUUCAUGCAAUGAACUACGAAAGGAAUAGAAUGCACUUAUUCCAUCAAUCUCAAACUCCAUAUCAUCCGCCUGCCCACAUUCCAAGUACGUCAACUGCCGGAAUACCGAUGGUUGGUGAUCGGAGAAUGACAGAUUUUGCGAAACAAGAGCUUCUUAAAAAUGCACAUGUGCCCGGUUUGAAAACUGGACAGAAAUUGCGUGAUGCGAUGCGAGAGCGACAGAAAGCCCGAACGGUCUUACCCAAUCUUGUAAGAGAAUACAAUAUGCAAAAACUCGAAGUUACAACUAAUGUGUCUUCUGAACGCAUCGAAAUACGAUGGAAACCAGCUGAUAUCAAAAGAAACGUUAAAUAUGAAAUCUCAUAUUCAAAUAUCAAAACGGAUAAGAAGAAAUAUAUCGAAAAACCCUCGACAAUUCGGUUUUGUGAGUUGCGAGUGGUUGCAGGAGAAGUAUAUCGAAUUGAGAUCAAGUGCAUAGCUCUCAGCAACAUGGAAAUUAUAGCGCAUUGGUGGCAGGAGAUCAGAGCAGAAUUCAGUUAUGAAGAACUAAAACAAUUGUAUAAUAAAUCGAUUGCUUUUGUAACAACCAGCGAUAAUCCAGAAGGAUGUAUGCACGAAUUUUGGAUGGUUUAUAGAUGUAAGCCUAACAUCUAUUGGGAGGAAAUUCAUGAAUAUAAUAAUGAUAUUAUGGCGAAAUACGUGAAGGAUGAGAAUGGGCAACCCGGAAAUCUUAUUAAUGGCAAAUUACAUGGGUUGUUCUUCUCGGCUCGUCUUUUGAAAAAUCUUACUUUGCCACCGUCGUCGCCUUUUGGUAAUGUUCGGAUGUGCAUUGACGCGUUUUUUCUUCUAAAUCCGAAACAACACAACUUCUAUUUUGCCGAUUUCUAUUGCAAUCGGGAUACUCAUUAUGCAACAAUUGUGAUUUGUAUUAUCAAUUCGAAAACAGACAGAUAUUGCCGAGAAAAGCUUAUAAAGCUCAACCCUUUUCGUAAUUCGUUUGUUAAGCUUAUUCCGCCUACAAUUCAACAGCCGAAUUGGAGAUAUUUUAUUAAUUAUGCCAUAUGGGUCGAAUUGUACUAUACGGAAGAUAUUGAGAUUAAUAUCGGCCAGUUUACGGCAAUUCUCGCCACAGGAGCUGGAACUUCGAAAAUUGGGGGAUUGCCAAAUAAUAAGCAAUGCACUGCAUGCAACUUAUAUCCGAAGAAGAAGUUGACGGGAAUCGAAGCUGAAGAGAUCACUGAAGAAACUAAGGAAGAAGAAUUUGAUGGCAUCGAAGAUGCACCGUAUACCGCCGAAUCCACGUUGAAAGCAAUCCUUAGGCUUGAACCUGAUUGCGAUAACGGUGUUGUGGAGACAGUUUGUGGUUUGGUUGACAAGACCGAAGAGCUUUGUAUGACAGCAGAAGAACUUGUGAAGAAGCUUGAUCCGAAAUUGCUGUUAUCGGUUGAAAAACUGAACACAGAAAUUAGUCGCUUCAAACUGCCGCCAUCAGUAAUCGGUUUAGCUAAAAGUGUAAUGGACUUUACCAAGGAUUUCUCAAAGCGACGAGAUAACUUGAUAGAAACGCUGAAAGAUUUCAAAAAGAACAAAGAGCAUCCAGUGUAG